CUCGGAACCGUACCUACUGUCACCAUGGCAAGUUUGGUGCUCAAUGAGACCGGGAUGGAGGACUGCGGCAUUGACGACUCCUUCAAGUACAACUUAUAUUCCGUGGUCUACAGUGUGGUCUUUGUCUUGGGCCUGAUCACCAACUGUGCUGCGCUUUUUGUCUUCUGCUUCCGCAUGAAGAUGCGCAAUGAGACGACAAUGUUUAUGACUAAUUUAGCACUGUCUGAUUUAGUAUUUGUUUUUACAUUGCCAUUUAAGGUCUUCUACAAUGUUAACCGCCACUGGCCAUUUGGAGACGGACUAUGUAAAGUUUCAGGGACAGCCUUUAUCACUAACAUCUAUGGCAGCAUGCUUUUCCUCACCUGCAUCAGCGUUGACCGCUUUUUGGCAAUAGUUUACCCAUUUCGUUCCCGCUCCAUCCGCACGCGCAGAAACGCUGCAAUGGUGUGUGCAGCUGUUUGGCUGACCAUUGUGGGAGGAGGAAUAUCAGUCACCUUCUUCUCUACCAUUAACAGCACAAAUAGAGCCACCACCUGUUUCGAAGGCUUCUCGAAGAGUACCUGGAGGACCUACCUUUCCAAAAUCACUAUCUUUAUUGAGAUUGUGGGAUUCCUCCUUCCCCUCUUGGCCAACUUGGUAUGUUCCUCGCUGGUUCUAAGAACACUUCGUCGCCCAGUGACCGUUGGCCACGGCUGUGACAGCAAGAGACGAGUCUUGAGAAUGAUUCUCGUCCAUCUCGGCAUCUUCGUCAUCUGCUUCGUCCCUUAUAACUCUAUCCUCUUCCUGUAUGCCUUGGUGAGGACCCAGGCCUUAGCAAAUUGCUCCGUGGAGCGUUUUGCACGAACUCUGUACCCGAUUACUCUAUGUCUGGCCAGUCUCAACUGCUGCUUGGACCCCGUGGUCUACUACUUCACUUCCGAGAGCUUCCAAAAGAGUUUGACAUUAGGGAGCAAAGGAUCUGGCUCCCGUCCUGAGAGUAUUCCUCGUAGCGACACUGAGGCACCGGACACGACAAACACACUCCCAAAGGACACACACACUUUGACCAGGAAUGGAAAAGACACUAAAGUAUCAGAGAGUCAGUUCUGA